AUGACAAAGAGCUGUGCAUUACAUGUAAAGGACAGUGAACCACGGGUCAGUAGUUUGGGUGAACGAAAACCCAUGCUGCUCGGACAGGAGUCCGGCGACGAGGAGAACACGGACGGUCAUAGUAAAAUGGAGCUUCCAACUAUUGAACAGUUGAAACUAUAUGCCAGUCCGUACGAAAUCGAGCUGUUCAAUCUCUGGUUCAGUGUUUACAAAGGCGGCAAACAGGAUCAAGUAGCUUUGUUAUUCACUACUGGUAGUCGAGAGCUGUAUUCUAUUCCAAAGAAUCUCGCAUUUCCCGAAGCAACUGUUGCUUAA